AUGGCUCUACACAAAAAAAAUACAUACCAGUAUCGACAGCGUCCCCCAAUUCCAAAUGCAUCGGAGGACUCAUUGAAAGCUGCUCAAGCAAUAUUCAAAAAACAUACCGAUUCAGUAAAUCCAACUGUAAGAACCAUAGAAUUUCCUUCUAAAAAUUACUAUACCACUAAUUCCUUCUCUUCCAUCAAUGCCGCUGUAGUCGCCGCUUCACAUACGUCCAAGUCUAAUACGGAUCAAGACGUAAGGACAUCCACUAGUAGGUUACCUUACAAGUUGAAGAGUAAUAGCAGUGAGUACGUACCGAGACCAUCAAUAAAUUCGUUAGCAUCAGAACCUGUAGCGGUAAAUACGGGAGUACGACCGGGCUCUGCUACAAUAGCCGCUGCCCGAAUAUCAAAGUUGAAUGCAAGCCUAAGCACAGAUUCUUUAGUCGUUUCUAAAAAUAAUACUAAUAAACUUAGUUCAGCUACUUUGGCAGCUAUGAAGGCACAAUCACAUUUUGAAGAAAAGGAAAAGGAAAAAUUAGCAGAAUUAUCAACAAGUGAUGUCACCUCUUUACAACUACCACCACAAAAAUUAGAUCAAAGAACGUCAUCAAAUUAUAGCUCACAUUCAAGUGAUGGGUUUUAUCAAGAGCCUUCAAUCAAUAAGGACGUCAUAGUUCAGCAGAAAAAACUCAUUGCUCGCAUGACUCCACCUUCUCUGUCAAACUUGCACAUAGCUGAUGAACUAGAAUCCUGUGAUUCAGACAUUUCGUCAUCCUGUAUAUCAGAAAGUGACGAUGCUGAAGGUGAUUACAGUACAGAUGAUGAUGAAGAAGAAGAAGGGGAAGAAGGAGAUGAUGAUGAUAUCUCGAUUUAUAAGCCCUCGGGUCCCGAUUUUAGUUAUGCUACUGCAAAUCUUAUUGCUCCAUCUACAAGGCAUGAUAAAAAGAAAUCUAAAGUUACGAAGUUGAAAUCUAAAAUUUUUAGACCUAAGAAACACAAGAACAGUGAGACUCAAUUAGGUAUAACUGAGAGUAAUAAAAAUAACCAUGCGCACAACAAAUUGAAAACUACCUUGAGAAAAAAUGCUGAUGGGUUUUCCAUUGAGAAUGAUGAACUCCCGUCAACAGAUUCAGAUUCAGUGGCUUCUGAUGUUCAAUCAUCAAAUGAUAAGAAGAAAAAGAAGAAGAAGAGAACAAAAAUUAAAGAAAAAUUGAAAAAGACGAAUAAUGAGAUCAAAAAUAUUAAAAGUAACAAUAUUGACGAUAUUAGUAAAAAAUUCCGCAUAUUUAAUGAAGAUAAACCAUGGAAGUAUCAUCGGAACGUUGACUUUAUAAAUGAAAAUGAACGUAAACGUUAUGAAGGUGUUUGGGUAUCCAAUAGAUUUAGACAUUUGAAUCUAUUGGAUUGGUGGCCGAAUGAUGCGGCAAAUGAUUUACCUUUGACCAAUUUACUCUUACCAGAAGAUGGUUUAAUAUUAGGCGCUGUGGUAAAAGAUAUUUGGACGAGGUCGAAUUUAUCAAAUGAAACAUUGAUACAAAUAUACAAUUUGGUUGAUCAAAGAAAGGACGGCACACUAGAUAGGAAGUCGUUUAUCGUUGGGAUGUGGCUAGUUGAUCAAUGUUUGUAUGGUAGAAAGCUACCUGAUAAAAUUGAUGAUAAAAUAUGGGAUAGUAUUGAUAAAUUCAUUAUCAAUAUAAUACAGAAGAAUCAAAAUAUCAUAAUGAAAGAUAAUAAGAAGAAAUUCAAACAAGAAAUCAAAAACAUUAAAAAGGAGCAGAAGGCUGCUCGAGCAAAUAUAUGA